AGUUGUCACAAUGACAAUUUGCUGACAGGAUGAUGUUAUAAAAGUCGUGUAAUUAAAGCAAAAUAAAUACCAUUUAAGUUAUGUAUUGUUUAAAACAACAUUUAUCAGGAAACAUGUGACCUCAUUCAAUUUAAUUAUCAAAGCAAUUAUCCUGUAAAGAGUACAAAAUAAUAAUAAAUCAACAAUGACAAGUAAAAGAAGUCAAAAUUUACGAAUUGAGGCGGAAAUCGCUAAAAAUCGCGAGGAUGGAAAUUGGAGUAAAGUGAUUGAAUUAGCCGAUCAACUUAAAGUAUUAUAUCCAAGUGAAGAGUGUCUUGCAAAUUUUCUCAGUGGUGAGGGAAGAUUGGAAAAAUUUUUAGAACAAACACCGCCAAUUGAUGAUAAUGUCGGUAAAGCACGUACCGGACUUGUUGAGACAAAACAAUAUUUACUUCUCGCCGCAAAUGAAAAGGAUAAGCAAGCUGUUGUCGUUCUCGAUGCACAUCUUCUUUUGGGAAAAUUACAUUACACAAUGGGAAUGUACAAUGAAGCACUAUAUCAUUACGAACAAGCCGAAUUGGAUACAUUGACGGAAAAACAAUUGCCUAGUCGAAGUAUGCGAAUUGUCGCCGAAUCCUAUGCGAUAAAGGGUCUUUGUCUUGAGAAACAACCGCCGAGCAGUAAAACGAAAUACAAAAUAGCCGAAUGGCAGGAGAAAUUAAUUAAGUGUUACGAGAUAGCGAGUGAUUUGACGCUUGUUUAUUUACAAGAGCAGGAUAAGCAAAUUCUACAUCAAAAUGGAACUGGUACUGGAACUGCGACUGGUACCGCUACUGGAACAUUUAAUCCAAAUACUUCUUCUCAUUCGACAUCGAAUGAAGCAAAGUACAUCGGACCAAUUCUCGAGACAGCAUUGUACAGAGCACCUUUAUUGCAUAUACAAAAUAAAAAUAUGAAAAUAGCCGUGAAUCGUUAUCGGGAAAUAUUAUCGGCAGUCGAGACAAUAUCAACACAACGAUUGAGAAAAAUUCUCACCCGUCAAUUCGCUGAAGUACUCACGCGAAAUGUCAGCGGCUCACUAUACGAUUCACCAGAAAUUAAUUUAAAUUCCCCCGGCAAUCGUAAAGUGAAUCAACUAAAAUCCGAUUCGCCCUGGAAGCCAAAAAAAUACAUGGGACCGAAUAUAUUUAUUCCCCGAAAUCGUUACGAGGAGACAAUAUUAUUGCUGUUAAUUAGUGAGGCAAUGGCCGUGAGAGACGCGGUCCUGAGUCAAUCGCCCGAAUUCAAAGAAGCAAGAAUACGCGCCUUCGAGAAUGCAGCGGCUGUCUACGAUCUCUUGACAGUUGUUUUAGUUCGUUGGGAACAAGUGGAAAUCCUUCAUGAAUCCUUCGAGAGGGCAAUGAAAUUCUCCCACGGCGAAGUGCACAUUUGGUUGCAAUUCGCAUUAUGUUUGAUGAAUCUCGGUCGACACGUUCAUGCCUACGCAGUGUUGGAAAUUGUCUGCAAUCUCGCGCCGAAUAAAGUGAUGCCCUGUCUCCUAGCGGCGAGAAUUUGCUACGAGGAAUUAAAUAUGAUUGAAAAGGGCAUAAAGUGGAGUCAGCAGGCUCUUCAUCGAGACUCGGGUAAUACACAAGGUCUACUUUCACGCUGUCAUCUGUACAUUGGCAUUGGUCACAGUAUAAUGUCCGUGAAUACAACAGUAAAACAGGACAAAACACAUUUUGUUUCUGUUGCAUUCGAUUCGUUUCACAAGGCACAACAAAUCGAUCCCAAUGAUCAUUUGGUCGAGUACUAUUUAGCACAUCUACAUUCAAUGAAUCGACAAAUGAAUGACGCGAUGAUCCACGUGAAAAUCGCCCUAAAUCUACGUGCCGAACAUAUACCCUCAUUGAAUCUUCUGAUUCUGCUAUUAACCGCUCAAAAGCAAUUCGCCGAAGCUCUACAAUUAUUGACAUCAAUUCUCGACGAAUAUCCCGAUAAUCUAAAUUUCCUCUACGUGAAAGCAAGACUCGAAUUACAAGUGGUUGGCGAGGAGAAUUCACUAAUGACAAUUAAAAAUAUGCUCUUCAAAUGGAAAACCCUGUACGAGACACAAACGACGAGUGACAAUAGUGAUCAACACAGUGAUAAACGCAGUGAAACAAGAAGUGUUUUUCACCUCUACACAUCCGAAAUGUCCGACAAGGAUUCAAAUUCACUGCACACACAUUCGCUAGCAGUUUCCAAGGUCGAGCAAGCAUUAUCUGAAGUCGCAUCCUCGUUGAGUUCGUUUAUGCCAAAGCCAGGACCGCAUAAACUAUGGCUCCUACAAAUGCAAGUCUGGAUCCUCCUCGGCGAAGUCUUCCUUGCCCUGGAGCAAACAAUGGGAUCAACGCUAGCUCUACAGGAAGCCUCGAGUAUCUAUCCCCUGAGUCAUCAAAUAAUGUUCGCUAAAGGUCUACUCUAUGAGCACAAGAAAGAAUUCAACGAGGGCAAACAAUGGAAUCAAAAUGCAGUCGCAAUUAAUCCACUGCACAUAAAGAGUCUUCAACACUUGGGUAUGAUUUAUCACUAUCUCGGUAGUCAGAGGCUGGCUGAGAAAGUUCUCAGAGAUGCUGCCCAAAUGGAUCCAACGUCACAUCAAACUUGGUAUAAUCUCGGUAAAGUAUUAGAAUCCCUAGGUGAAGUUGAAUCGGCCAGUAAUUGUAUGGCUACUGCCCUCGAAGUUGAAACACUAAAUCCAAUAUUACCAAUUCCCGCCAUACCACUGGCAUUCGAAUGAAUUAAAAACCUAAUCUUAAUUUCAAAGAAUUAAAAAAAAAUAUAUAUUUAAAGAGAUAUUAGUUUUUAGAAUUGUGCAAUAAGGAAAAAAAAAACGGUUUCUUUAAAGAUAUAAUGUAAAUCUCAAAAAAUAAUGUUAAACUGUGUAAGACGAAAUUUUAACAAAUUGUUGGUAACACUACUAUAUAAAAACUGAAGUCAAUGUAGAUAUUUAGAUGAAAAAAAAAAUCUAGUGUUCGAGUAUUAUAUAUAUCGUCAUACGGAAAAUAAAUGUCAGGGAUUUUUCCUUCUUUUUGUAGAAA